AUGUUGCGCCGUUGUUCUGUAUCGGAAGUCCAAUUAGAUAUGAAAUAUAUUGGGGCACGCUGUCCUGAUAUGGAGGAGUUUACUGUUCAUGAGGAUAGCAACAGGGCGCAACUCUCUGAAACCCUUCAUUCAUGCAAGAGGCUCAGACGUCUGCAAUGUCCGCCGUUCGACUCGGCAGCAUGGAUGCACCUUUCUACCAUCCCCACCCUUCUCGAGGUGAAGAUUUACACACCGCACACGAUUCAUUACCCUUUGGACAAUCUCGAUUUUGCAACUUUCCUUCACCUCACGACUCUUUCGCUCUCAGGUGCAAUAGAAGCGGCAUCCGCUGUCACAAUCAUACAACAUUUCAAAUUCCCUUCGCUAAAGGAGUUCGGGAUACAGAUUCUUUGCUUCAAGGAACUGCGAACGCUGAGGCUAUCUGUUCAUCGCGCCAUCUACCUCGAAGAUGACCUUCUUUUUGAUGCCAUGACGACUUGGCCGCAUAUUCACACCCUAUCAUUGGGCUGGCAUUCUUGUCCAGCUACCCUUACAUUUCGCGGGUUGUUCGCGGUGCUUCGUCUAUGUCCGCAGUUGCAAGACCUGCAAGUAUCGAUCGACACUCGGAAUAUCGUUAUCGAGCCUGAAGUCGAGUCAUUCCAACAUAUCUCCCUGAGAAAUCUGACUGUAGACUCGUGUGAGCUCGAAACUGUGAAUGUUGAAGUUGUUGCUCGCAUCAUUUAUUCCAUGCUUCCUGCCGUCGACCAAGUGUGUUCAAAUGGCGGCGUCCAACGAUUAUGGCACAACUUUGUCAACAAGUAUCUCAAUAUGCUUAGAGACAAAUCGUCCUCGGCGCCUGGCCACUGCAUCACAGAAGCCGCGCUGGCCCUGAGUUAG